AUGGGGAACUUCUAUAACAUAAUUGCAGCAAUAUUAUGUGGGAUAAUUUUCUUGGUAUACACAUGGAAAGUGUUGAAUUGGGCAUGGUUUAGGCCAAAAAAAUUGGAGAAGUUCCUCAGACAACAGGGCCUCAGUGGGACUUCUUACAGGCUACUCCAUGGAGACUUGAAAGAGCUCUACAAGAGCAUCAAGGAAGCACAAUCCAAACCUAUUAAUGAUCUUUCAAAUAAUAUAGCACCAAGAAUCAUUCCUUAUUUUAUUCAAACCAUUAGUAAAUGUGGGAAAAAGUGCUUUGUAUGGUUUGGGCCAAGACCAAUGAUAAUCAUAAUGGAGAGUGAACUGAUAAGGGAGAUAUUUGCUAAGAACUAUGUUUAUCAGAAGCCUCACCACAGCAAUCCAGUGGCCAAUUUGUUGAUUAGAGGCAUAGCAAACUAUGAGGAAGAUAAAUGGGCAAAACACAGGAAGAUCUUAAAGCCAGCCUUUCAUAUGGAGAAGUUGAAGGUUCUAUUACCAUCUUUUUACUUGAGUUGUAUUGAGAUGCUAAAGGAAUGGGAGCAGGAUUGUAUCGAGCAAGGAUCAAAAGAGUUGGAUAUUUGGCCUCAACUUCAAAAAUUAACAAGUGAUAUGAUUUCUUGCACGACAUUUGGUAGUAGCUAUGAGGAAGGAAGAAGAAUAUUUGAACUUCAAAAGGAACAAGCUGAGAUUAUUAUGAAGCAGUUCAGUUCCAUUUAUAUCCCAGGAUCAAGAUUUUUGCCCACUAAAAGCAACAAAAAGAUGAAAGAAAUUGAAAAAGAAGUUCAAGAAUCAAUUAGGCGUCUUAUUGGAAACAGACUAAAGGCAAAGGAAGUAGGGCAGGCCUUUGGUGAUGAACUAUUAGGCACAUUAUUGGAAUCAAAUUCAAAUGAAAUUGAAGAGCAAGGAAGCAAGGAAUUUGGAUUGACUAUCCAUGAAGUAAUUCAAGAGUGCAAAUUGUUUUAUUUUGCUGGACAAGAGACCACUUCAGUGUGGCUUGUUUGGACCAUGAUUUUGUUAUCUAGGCAUCAAGAUUGGCAGGAAAAAGCCAGAGAGGAAGUUGUGCAAGCUUUUGGAAGUGAUCAACCUGCUUUUGAUGAAGUAAGUCGGUUGAAAAUUGUAAGUUCUUUCAACAUAACUUGA